GGUGUAAGGUAAGUCAACGUGUCCGUUUGGAAUUAUUUUUAAUCCAUUGCAUCCUGUAGUUUUUUGGAUGAAAUAAUGGUUAAUUGCUAAUCAAAAUGUAUAUUUAUGCAUUCGAGUUGCUUUUAUUAUGUUUAUUUCCGUGAUAUUUAGUAAUGCAUCCAGUUUGAAACAUUCCAAUGUUGUUGUUUGCACAUGUUUUCUGUAGACUGCGUAAAUUUAUUUCUCAAUUUGAUAAGUACAUUCAUAUAUAUAUUUUUGCAGAUGACUAAUCCUAAAAAGGAAGCUACUGCAGCGGCACCUGCGCCAGCUGGCAAAGGUGCUGCCAAAGCUGGCGCAGAAUCCAAAGCUGCCCCGGCUGAAAAAAAGCCUUCCAAAACUGCGAUUAAGAGAGCAGCAGCUGCUGCCAAAGCUAAGAAUGCAGCUGCAGCUAAGGUCAAGAAAUCUAGAAGGGGUGGUAUUGGCAAGAGAAGCCGGAAAGCUAGAGCUACUAGGAAAGAGGAGAAAAGUGCUGCCCAUGCUCAGAAACGCAGUGCGUCUGCUUCCAAGGAUGGCCCUCCAGCAAAGAAGCAGCGACGCCCUCAUAGAGAAAUUGCUAGUGGUGUGAUGAAAUUCAGCAGGCCCUAUAAAUACCACAGAGGAGGAACCUGGAAAUUCGAUGGAAAGAAGAUCAAAAAGGCCACUCCCAAAAAACCAAGAACUAUUAAGAAAGAAAUUGGAGGUGAAAAGAACGGAGGAUUCCGAAUCGUUUUGUUGAAAAAGCGCCGCAAUAACUAUCCAACUGCGGACAAAAUUAGGAAGAGACCUACCAGAGGUCCGUUCAGUAUCAAUGGCGUACCACUUCGUCGAGUGAGUCAAAACUUUGUUAUUGCUACUCGUACUCGUCUGAAAAUUGAUGAAAAAAGUAUUCCCAAACAUUUGAAUGAUGACUACUUCAAGCGGAUUCGUCCAAAGAAAUCCAAGAAGGACGACAGUGACAUUUUCACCACAAAGAAGGAGAAAUACGUUCCUUCUGAGCAGAGGAAAGCUGACCAGAAAGCAGUUGAUGCAAUUGUAGAAAAUGCAAUGAAGCCUGGUAUGAGUCAACACACACAUGGAGCACUUAGAAAGUACCUCAAGGCUACAUUUGGACUAAAACGUAAUCAGAAACCUCACUUUAUGAAGUUCUAAAAUAUUUGUUGGUAUUGAAUGGAGUGUUUGUGGGGAAAAUAAAAAAGUUCUGUAAAGUUGUUGGUUUUUUUCACCACCAAUUUGUACAUUCCAAUUUCCUAGUGCCAUCUAGAGGACUGUGUUGAAUGUAUGUGAUCCUUUCACCCUUGUUUAUCUGAUAAU